UUUCAUUAUCAUUAUUAUAACAUGUCGACUCGUUAUUUAUUAUAUACACAUACAAAAGCUAAUAACUUUACUUCUUUUAUUCGUAAUAAUAUAAUAUAUAAUGUCCACAAUGUUCCAUUCACUGUUUAUAAUCGUCGUUUCUUCUCAAGCAUAGAACGUAAACCUUUAUUCGACAAGAUUUUGAUCGCAAAUCGGGGUGAAAUUGCUUGUCGCGUAAUGCGAACAGCUAAGAAAUUAGGUGUAAAAACAGUAGCUGUUUAUAGCGAAGCAGAUAGAAAUGCUUUACAUGUAAAAAUGGCAGAUGAAGCAUAUUUAAUAGGACCCGCACCAUCAGCAGAAAGUUAUUUAAAUAUCAACAAAAUCAUAUCUGCUGCAAAGAUGAGCAAUUCUCAGGCUAUUCAUCCGGGAUACGGAUUUUUAUCUGAAAAUCCAAAUUUCGCUGAACUCUUAACAAAAGAGAAUAUAACAUUUAUUGGUCCACCAGCAUCUGCAAUUAUGUCAAUGGGCUCUAAAAGUGAAUCAAAAGAUAUUAUGAUUGCUGCAGAUGUUCCUGUUGUUCCAGGAUAUCAUGGUAUAAAUCAGGAUCCUCAAUUUCUAAAACAAAAGGCUUCGGAAAUUGGAUAUCCAGUAUUAAUCAAAGCAAUUAAGGGAGGUGGCGGUAAAGGAAUGCGUAUCGUAAAUGAUCCAUCAGAGUUUGAUAUUCAACUUGAAUCAUCUAAAAGAGAAGCAAUGAAGUCUUUUGGAGAUGAUCAAGUACUUAUAGAAAAAUAUCUUUUAACUCCUCGUCACGUUGAAGUACAAGUCUUUGCUGAUAUGCAAGGAAACGUAGUUCAUCUUUUUGAGAGAGACUGUUCUGUUCAAAGAAGGCAUCAAAAAAUUCUUGAAGAAGCACCGGCACCAGGGUUAAGCGAUGAAAUAAGAAUGGAACUUGGUGCAAAAGCUGUUGCAGCAGCUAAAGCUGUAAAUUAUGUUGGUGCUGGUACUGUAGAAUUUAUUAUGGACAAUGUAGAUAAGAAAUUUUAUUUCAUGGAGAUGAAUACGAGAUUACAAGUUGAACAUCCUGUCACGGAAAUGGUCACUUCUACAGACUUGGUUCAAUGGCAAUUAGAAGUUGCUUCGGGUAAUCCCUUACCUGCUACACAAAAAGAUUUAAGACUUGAAGGGCAUGCUUUUGAAGCGCGUAUUUAUGCAGAAAAUCCCGCAAAUAAUUUUCUUCCUGAUACUGGCCCUUUACUUCAUCUUCGUACACCAUCUCCAUCGCCAAAUGUUCGAAUUGAAACUGGUUUUGAACAGGGUGAUGAGAUUAAUGUUCACUAUGAUCCUAUGAUUGCAAAAUUAGUUGUAAAAGGUCAAAAUCGUACGGAAGCUUUGGGGAUUUUAAAAAGAGCUUUAAAUGGAUAUGAGGUUGUUGGCUUAAAUACUAAUAUCGAAUUUUUGAAAAGUGUUGUUUCACACGAUGCCUUUAUUGCUGGAGAGGUUGAAACGGGCUUUAUAGCGAAACAUAAUGAAGAGCUAUUUAGAUCAAAGGAAACACCCCCGCAUGUUAUUAUUCAAGCUUCGUUAUCACUUAUAUUAAGUGAACUUCAAAAUAUUACGAAUGAAAAUAUUAGUCCUUUUGAUCCAUUUUCACCUUGGACUUCAUUACCUUUCUCUCGUUUAAAUACCAACCAUGUUCAGACUAUUAGAUUUUAUGACGAUAAGGAGGGUGACAUUAAUGUUAAAAUGAGAUUCAAUAAUGAUAAUUCCUUCGAUAUUACUAUUGUUAGGGGUGGUUUAAAUCCGAUUGUAUUUAAGAGUGUACUUGGUAGUUGGAAUGAAGCGGAACAACAAAUAAUCGCUGAAAUUGAAAAUCAUCGAGUGAAGAGUCAUGUUAUCUUAGAAAAGAAUUCUAAAGUUGUCAUUUUUGAUAACGAAGGUAAAAGAGUAUUAAAAAUUCCAGAACCUUCUUACCUUCAAUCUAAAUUAGCUGAUGUGGCUGGCUCUAUAAAAACUCCAAUGCCAUGCAAGAUAUCUCAGGUCUUUGUAAAACCAGGACAAAUUGUCGAAAAGGGAGCGCCAUUGGUAGUACUAGAGGCUAUGAAAAUGGAGCAUUUGAUCAAAUCACCAACAACGGGAAAAGUUGAAAAAAUAUUUUAUAAUGUCGGAGACUUUGUUGAAGAAAAUAAGAAUUUAGUUAAUAUUGUCGUUGAAAAUUGAAAAUAGUUAACGUUGUCGUUGAAAUAUUUAAUCUAGAGAUUAUGAUAAUACAUUAAUACAUUAUUAAAUAAUUAAUAUAAAAUUUUUGAACUUCAAUUAUUUAUUAUGAUUUCAAUCAGAAUUACCAAUUGAGCUAGAUAAUAAUUUUUUUAUAUAUCUAGUUAAAAAAUAAGCACGUUAGCAGAUGGUUACCAUUAAUAGAAGAAUUAGAAUAGAUUUAACAUUUAUUAAGAAUGAGGUAAUCGAUAUUCCCUCAUUUUAUAUUGCUAAAAUGAGAUAGAAUUACAUUAGAUGAUAUAUAUUUAUAAUAAAUAGUAAAUUUUUAGAAUUAAAAUAAUAAAGCUUAACUGUCUAAUAGGAUCAUGCUGAUUU